UAUUGAAAAAGAAAAAAAAAAAACUGCAUAAAAUUAAGAAAAUAAAUUCUGCCCCUUUGAAAAUCGCUACAGUGUUCAAUCUCCUGUAAGUUUUUCUUCAUUCUGCCUUUUUAAAAAUGGGGUCACAAUUGACAUAUGCACAUAUAUGGUUUUCAGUCACAUUUUAUAGUAUCUGACCUCAUUUGUCUUAAAGGAUUUUAUCCUGGAGCAUUACAGUGAAGAUGGCUAUUUAUAUGAAGAUGAAAUCGCAGAUCUUAUGGAUCUGAGACAAGCUUGUCGGACGCCCAGCCGGGAUGAGGCUGGGGUGGAACUGCUGAUGACGUACUUCAUCCAGCUGGGCUUCGUUGAGAGUCGAUUCUUCCCACCCACGCGGCAGAUGGGACUCCUGUUCACCUGGUACGACUCCCUCACUGGAGUUCCUGUCAGCCAGCAGAACCUGCUGCUGGAGAAGGCCAGUGUCCUCUUCAACACUGGGGCCCUCUAUACCCAGAUCGGGACCCGGUGCAAUCGGCAGACGCAGGCUGGGCUGGAGAGUACCAUAGACGCCUUUCAGAGAGCCGCAGGUAUGUCUCCUCUAGGGCUGCCUGGACAGAGCCUGGGGCCUGCCCAGGGCAUCAGGGGACCCCCCCACUGAAGAGGGUCUACAGGUCAUCCCUCGCAAGGGCCAAACUAGUCUCCAUCACUGGUGUAACUCCCCAUUAAGAAACUUGCUCAGUGGUUCAUACCUGAUGGCUGAUGCACAUGGUGAAUCCUGUGGCUGACGAUGAAUCUUUUCCAAACAAGUGGCCCUUGGGAUGGCAGUGCAUUGACUGUUUCAACACUGUCAUGAAGAUCAGAAUAACUUUUCCCAAAUAGUGAAAUUGUAGGCUGCUUUUUUUUGUAUUAGGUGUACCUUAUCAGUACAUAUUGCCCUCUGUGCCCUUUGUAUCACCUGCAUUCUGCCAACUUCUCCAGCUUGUGGUGGGUGAUCUCAACCCUUUGUCAAGUGAGGCAUUCAAAGGAUGUCUCAUAGCUCAGGUUCCUUCUUCUGGGAAC